AUGAGUGAUAAACCAGACUUGUCAGAAGUGGAGAAGUUUGACAGAUCAAAAUAGAAAACUAAUACUGAAGAAACAAAUACACUCCCCUCUAAGGAAACUGUCCAGCAGGAGAAAGAAUGUGUUCAAACAUCAUAA